UAUAAAGAAAUCUUAUUCAGCAGACGACAGGACUCUCUUAGGUGUGUAUUUUUUUUGCCUCGUUGUCCAUGGCAACGAGUCAUGGUUCCACUUAACUCAGGAAUUAUUUCGUAAUCAUGAAUUUGACAAUAGCUGAUAACAGAGUUUCAUUGUUUCCUGAAAUGGGACUUUUAAAAUAGACCACAUGAAAUAUUAAAGACUUAAGAAAAGCUUCAUGAAGAAAAGGAAGCACGCCUUUGUGAGGUCAAGAGAACGCGAGACACUGACGUCAGAGCAGGGAAAUCACCAGCACUGCUUUUCGGUAUGAUAGCAGAAUUUCGUUUCAGAUCGGUCAUGGAUACAAUACACUUUUUGACGUACUUCGUGCUACUGACUGGAGGACUUUUUACUUGUUGUUUUGGAAAUCCAUGCUUUAUGUGGCCUUCCGCGAGAUAUUUUAAUGGCUUUUGUUACAAGCUGAGUGAUGUGACCAGUAACUGGACAGACGCACAGAGAAUCUGCAAUAGAGAAUUGGUCUCGGCUAGAUUAGCGGAACCGAGGCUUGAUUCUAGUCUGGCAUUUCUUAUCAAGAUUUUGACUUUAACCGGAGAAGAUUGGUGGAUAGGCGGAAUAAUUAAUUCAUCAAUUGGCAGAUGGGCGUCAACCAAUGAAAGCAUCACUUCCGGUAACGUGACUUUCACUGGAACAGGACAAUGCAUUCAGAUGUCUGACACCAGGCUAGACUGGUUACUUCCCUUGAUGACCGACGGCAGUUGCAGCGCCAGCAAAAAGUUUGUCUGCGAAUUCCGUCCAGGCAAUCCUUGUGUAGACAAGUUUAACGGAGCAGACUACUUCGGUGGCUUCUGCUACAAGCAAUACACAAAUGUCGUUUAUUGGGAUGGAGCGAUUGCAAAGUGUAAAGAAGAGAAGGCCAUUCUGGCAGAGUUCUACGACACAGACACCUAUUACUCUGUCAAAAAUUAUACACAGCUUUUAGUAGCGAAACAGGUUUUCAUAGCCUCCAACUCCAGACUCUUUCUCGAGGACAGUGGCGUCACGCUCGGGGACUCUGGAAACUUUGAAUUUCUUAUCAGGACCUGCAGGGACCUGAAAGUGUACCUUUGGUCAGACGCUAACACCACAGCGGCACUGAGGUCAUUCAGCACGUCAACUUUGAACCCAUAUAGUGUCCCCCAGGGAGACUAUUACGUCAUUGACUACGGCAUGGUGAAUCUCAGGAAUGCGACUUUGAAAUCUUGCAGCCAUCAGAACUGUGAACUGUUGAGUUCUAGCAUCUCGAUUCCUAAUUUCCAGUGUAACAGAUUCCUGAAACUAUCGAUAUCCUGGAGCCGUCAAAAGAAUGACAUUUGGGUAUCCGAGAGCAAUCUCUACAUGAACUUCAGUUACAUCGGAUCCCAGGUGAUGACCAUCAACAGAAUGGCCAUAGUGACGGGCAGCUCCAGCGCGGUGUGGCAAUUGAAGGAUCCCUUGUACGGAACUAACAUCUACCUGGGAGGCAGCGACAUGAGCCACGAGGGCUACUUCACCUGGCUAUCCACCGACACCCCGAGCAACAUCAGCGAUUGGUUUCCUGGCGAGCCUAACGACUUCACCGAAGCGAAAGGAGAGGACAGCAUGAGUUGGGCUGUCUAUGUCACAGAGCAGAUCUUUCUACAGCUUAAUGACUUCAACGGAACUACUGUAUUAGGGCGACCUCUGUGUCAAAAAGAUGCCUUGAAUGUCACUUACUUGAUUCCACUACUUGAAACUGAGAUGACGUCAUCGAAAAGUGCGGAGUUGCAAGUCACGUCAGUGGCCUCUGAUGUAACCUACCUUAAACUUCAACAAAACCUGACCAACGGAUCCGCCUCUGUUAUAUACGACUGGGUGACGUCAUAUAGAGCUGCGGUAAUCCCAAUGAACGUGGAAGCAGAAAUGAACGACACUGGUUUCUACAAAGGGGUGCACGUUCUGACGUCAACUCGACACGUGACUGUGGUCCUGUUUCAAAAAUCCAACAAUCAAACAGGGACAACUCUGGUCUACCCUCUUCUCAACUUCGCCACGAGUUACUUCGUUUUGACCCCUGGCUCGCCCAGCACAGGAAGUCAUAUUUCUAUUUCUGCUAUGCUCAAUAACACUGAGGUUAUAAUCCGGUAUCCACGUGACCAGACAGUGCCAGUGUCAGUCACUUACAGCGGAAUGACAUUUCACCAGAUCCAACUAACUAAAUUAACACUUGGCAGCCUGGUCAGUCUCCAGUUACAGUCUCCAGAAGAUCUCAGUGGAACUUUGGUCUACGCCAACAAACCCGUUGUGGUCUAUUCUGGGAACAGAAUACAGAGUUCAAUAACAUCCUAUGCUGCAGACAUUACCCUGGACAUGGUGUUAAGUGUAGACAGUUUGAGUUACAAUUACAUCACAGUUCCCUUUCCGGGCAAUUCCACUUUGAAGCUUGUAGCAUUGUAUGAUGACACUAACAUUACGAUCUAUGGUCCUAUUGUGCGGAUCUACCGCCUUGCCAGGGCAGGUGACGUCGGGGUGAUAGCUCUGGAGUCCAUCGGUUUCCACUACCUGAAAAGUGACGUCUACCAUCCGUUCUACGCCGUGAGUUUGUCUUCGGGAUUCCUCGGGUCUUGUCUGACGUCGCUGACGCCGGGUUCCCUGUGGACGAAGCUUUACAGUGUCUACGUCAAGUCUGAUCAGCAGGCUGUCUUCGUUGUCAUGGAGAGGAACUCUACCUCAAAGUUCAUUGUAGACAAUACUUACAUAUCAGCCGAGUUGUGUAGCCUAAUUGCAGAUUCUGCUCUGACUGGCUGUACUCUUCACCUGAAUUCAGGGCAGCACACUCUCGGGUUUAACGAGACGGACUGGAGGAGCUCAGCUUACAUGUGGCAUUCUUCCAACGCCAAGUCCAGCUUCUGUCACAGUCUGAGCACAGCUGAGUCCCCCAAGGAUAUACAGGUCAAAUUUCCAGCAUUGCAGUACAUCGAGCUCAACGACACCGCAACGUUUCCCAGCCCACUUAUACCCAACCUCACUACCACUACUUCAUGGACCACUUCGGCUACAACCAACUCCACGGGAACAGCAUCCCAAAAUGCAUCGAACACACCCACGGUUCAGACUACAUUACAGACCAUAACGACGCCAUCAUCCACCGCGCCGUGGGAGACCGACGCCCAGACUACAACAGCAGGAGUAACAGCGUCCACCACAACAGCGACCGUAGCCCAGAGCGUCUCAACGAGUCCUACGGCCGUGGAGAAUAAUUCUAGCGUACCUCCAAGCAGCUGCGUUGUAAGACAAGCCAAAAACCUGUCCCAGGAAGAUAUAAUGGCUUUAAUAAGCUCAAUUCAUCAAGAGCUCCUCUUGGAUAAAAACGGAAUAUUCGCUUACAGGCAAAAAAGUAUAAGCAUCUGGGAGAACCGGCCAUCUUGUCAUGCCGUUGGCGUUUCCGGUAUCGCAUUGGUUACAUCCUGUUUUGCUUUCCUAUUUUUCUCUGACGCCAUUCGCCUUGUUCAAUUUGUCCACAAUAUUUGGUCGAAUAAGUCGUCGCACUCCACAAAUCGUACAAAUUUAGUUAGGAAACAAAGUAGAAUUCAAUGAUUGAGGACUAGAUAUAGUGGAACAUAGAAAAUAUCUUUUAAAUAAGUUUUUAAAAACAAAACUUUUAAAUAGUGAAAGAACCGCACAAUUACUACUUUAAAUGUGGGUUCAUUCUUAAUAUUCUACAUGUAAGUAUUAUAAACAAUAAAAAGUAUACUGUAAAUAUCUAAAAUACAAAAGGAGUACCAUAGCAAUUGGGCAGCAUUAUGGGCCACUGUCGAAACUGUGCAGCCAUAUCACGAAAUUCUUAGGGCUCGCAAAGAUCUUUAUCUUUUAUACGUGCCUUCAUAAGAGGAGAUAAUUGCGUCCCUUAAUGAUCCAUGUGUUAAUCUAGUCGUGAAUGUUAAUUAGAGACUCAUACUUGGCUGAUUCAGGCAACCCGUUCCAUGCUGUAAUGGCACUAGGGGAAAUGGAGCCCUUGUAGGAUUUUGUCUCAGCAGUGAACACCCAUCCAUCCCAGCGACACUAUGCAUUUUUGUAUAUAUACGAUUUGUUAAACUAGGUCAAUAUACGCCAUAAUUCGGUGUUUGAAAACAGGUAACUCACGGAACCCUAGUGUUCCAAAAGCUACGCGAAUAAUCAACUAUUAUGCCACCACUUGAAUUAAUUUCUCUUAAAAAAUACGUGAAGUGUCCCGCUAAAUACUCGAAAUGUGUGAAGAGUUCCGCUAAAUACUCGAAAUGUGUGAAGUGUUCAGCUAAAUACUCAGAAUGUGUGAAGUGUUCCGUUAAGGAAAAUGUUUGGGAAACAUUGCGAUU